AUGGAUGGGAAGGUUGUUAAGAGGCAGGAUACUCCUAUGCCGGAAGAUUCGCCAUCGCCAAAUAUCAAAGCCGAACCCUCGUCCCCGGACUUGAGGGCGCUGAAUCAGCUUCAGAAUAUCAUCGAGCUUUCGAGGGAGAUGGAGGGUUUUAAUCUCAUCCCGCUUCCUGGAGACGAGUUUAAGCUUGAUACGUCGGUCAAAAAGAUGUGUCCGACUCAUGGUGUAGAAAUCAAGGGGGAGUCGGAUGUUAGUAUUUUCGAGGAUCCUUCCGCUUCUGGACCAGCUUACAAAAAGACGAGAUGUAAAUGA